GUGUCGCUGGGAAUCGGACUGGGUUUGCCUCGGGCGCAGCUGCUGAGCCAAAGGACGCCACUGCCGGACAGAUCUUCUGAGCCGGACAAAGGGUCCAGCUCCCUCCUACUGCGGCUAAACUCUCUCAGGGAGCAGUGGCGACAGGAUGCGCAGCCACCCGUCCGAGCAUGGCACAGCGCCGAAGAUCUGAAAGCUGAGGUUGCUCCAGAUGAGGAUCGGCUGCAGAAGCUGCAUGGAACGGACCUCUGGCUCCCCGAGCUCUUGAAGGAG